AUGGGCAGCCCGAUCUGCGGGUCUUCUGGCUCUAAAAGCAUGGCGGCUGCGGCUUCUGAGCUUUACAACUCGAUAGCCGCUACGAAGGCGGAAGAGGGGGAGCCGAACUUUGUGUUCUCGCCCUUCAGCAUUCUUUCCGCCUUCCAAGUAGCUCAAUUGGGAGCUCGGGGAGCCACAAGAGAGGAAAUGGAAGGGCACUUACCCUCCUCCUCUCGCAUUGAGCUCCCUGCCUUGCGUGGCGCCCCUGAUGCCUGGGGAGCCCUGCCGCUUAUGGAGCUGGAGACUGCAAACAGGAUGUAUGUGGAAUCCUCCUCGGCCUCAGAUGAACAAUUUGGCCACUUCGCCCAGCAGGUAUCCGAACGGCUCAACUGCGAUGCUGUGUCCACGGACUUCGAGGACUCUGCGGCGGCGGCUGCUGCCAUCAAUGCAUUUGUAGAGGGCAAGACGAAAGGGCACAUAAAGCACAUUGUACCUGCUUCUGCUUUGACACCGUCCAGUCGGAUGGUUCUG